UAGCUCCAUGUUUUGUAUGCAAUUGUUUGGUCAACUUGUUGGUAUCAUCAAAGCUUUUGGAAACAAGUUAAAGCAGGGCAUGCAGAGGGAACAAACCAAAUAUUUCAAACUCCUUAAACUUUUUAUUAUCACUGUUGCAUUUAUUUCAGAUAUUUAGUAUUUGGGUACAAGUUUGUUCUUUAGUUUAAACACCGACGUCUCUCCGUGGCGGCUAUACCCAAUUUGAACUUUAAUUUUCUUCCCUUUGUGUGAAAAGGUUUUGUGUUGGAGUUGGCUUUUUGAAGGGCGUGCAUGGUGAAGUUAUUUGUGUAUAUGAAUGAUGAAGAACGAUAGAGAAAAGGGUAACGAGGUUGACCAGAGUUACAUACAGCAGCACCACUCGUUGUCAAUGCCAAUGAUGUUUUCGGGUUUUAACAGAGAGAAGGAGAUGUCAGCCAUGAUCACUGCUUUGACACGUGUGGUUUGUGGAGAUUAUUCUCUUGUUCAUCACAAUAUUGAUAAUACUAAUAGUGCAAUUGUUGUUGGUGGUGGUGGUGGUGAUGAUGUUUCAAAUAUGGCUUCUGGUUCUAUGCCACCUUCGUCUACUUCUUUAUCUCAUGGUGGCAACUCUGUUCUCAAGAGAAGAAGGGAAGAUGAUAAUACAAGUGAUUUCUUACGUGGAGGUUCAUUCCCUGCUAUUUUAACAACUGCGGAAGGUUCAAGCACGAUAAGAAGAAGAAGAGCGAAUACGGUAUACGAUUACGAAUACAGAAGAGAGAAGGUGAAAGUGGAGGAGGAAGAAGAAGCGAGGAGGAAAUACAGAGGAGUGAGACAGAGGCCGUGGGGGAAAUGGGCUGCGGAAAUAAGAGACCCUUUGAAAGCCAGAAGGGUGUGGUUAGGAACAUUUGAAACCGCUGAGGACGCAGCCAGAGCGUACGAUCAAGCUUCCUUGCGUUUCAGAGGCAACAAAGCCAAACUCAACUUCCCUGAAAACGUUAGGCUCAGACACACUGAGACUCUUCAGGGUUCACGUGCUUCAAGCAAUUUUUAUGACAACUCUUAUUCGCAUGUUCAUGAUUUACCCGUGAGCCUCUACGAUCAGACUACCAUGGCUUCUUCAUCAACUAUAUCUAUGACUUCUCCCCAGGCACCACCUUCGAUUUAUCCUACGCAUCUACUACCGGCAUGGUCUUCUGGUUAUGCUUAUAAUAGCUCCUCUUCUUCUGCCUGAUGUAAAUUGCUUUUUAUUUCGAGUCGACAUAGGCUAUACUUUUAUCUCACACAACUUAGUUUGUCAUUAUAUCUACCUAUGUUUGACACUAAACUGAGUUUUACUUGGAAGCAACAUAUGAAUUGCUUCUAAAAAUUCAUUUUUCGUUGAAAGUAUUUUAUCCAACA